AUGACCCAUCAAUCUCUUAACAUUGCACUUCCCUCCAUCCACCGUAUUCAAAAGCGAGAACAUAAGGUGAUGCAUCGUCAUAGCCACGAGCAACAACAACAACAGCCAUUACACUUUAAGCUGUCUCGAAGCCAUGUCCGUACAACAUCUGUGCCUUCUGUAUUGCCCAGUCAGCAGCAAAACCAAAAGGACCGCAUGAACAUUCUCCUCGAUGCUAUUGAUUUGGAUCAACAAAUGCGCCAAUUUUUCAAGACUGAAAUCAUGAAAUGUAAAAACCGCACGAGUUCUGCAUUUGUUCCACCUUCCAUCAUGAUGGCUAGACGUCGAUCAAAGUCUGCUCCCGGUGCCCCACCCUCUUACCACCAACAACGUGCUUUCAAUUCUCGUUGGAUAGCUCCCAACUGUAAUAACCGCACUGUCACUUGUGCAUCUCAGGCACAAGAAGUUGCUCAAUUCAUCGUCAAGCAACAUUUUGAAUCUGUCAAGAAAAGAUAA